CAGGUAUUUAAUAUUUAUCCCCACAGAUAAUGAUUUUACUGCAAUAUGAACAUUCUUUUUUGUUGAUACAGAGUACAUAAUUUAGUUUCGUUCUACAAAGUACAAAGUUCAUCUUCUUGAUUUAUGUCCCAUUAAGUUUCCUAAUUCUCUCACUUUACUUUUUUUCUCUCUAAUACACGAACCCAAUUACACACGUCUCGCAGGUAUAUAUGAGCCUAUAAUUUGUCCCCUCCUCUUCCUUGGGACAAAACAAAAAUGGCGUACCCUUUUCCCUUGUUGAUGUUAUGGAUCGUCAUGGUGGUGGUGUCCGUUUCAACUUUUCCGGCGACUUCCACGUCGAGAAACGGGCUGAGAGGGUUCGCCAAAAAAGGGUUCAGGGCGACUCUCCGGCGGGUCGACUCCGGCGGGAACUUGACGGGCCUGGAGCGCCUCAGCCGCGCGGCGAGUCGCGGGGCCCACAGGCUGAGCGUGGUGGCGGGGACGGAGGUGGAGUCUAGGGUCCGCGCCGGGUCCGGCGAGUUCCUGGUGGAGAUGUCGAUCGGGACGCCGCCGGCCCCGUUCGAGGCGAUUGUGGACACGGGGAGUGACUUGAUCUGGACUCAGUGCAAGCCGUGCCGGCUGUGCUUCCCGCAGAAGACGCCGGUUUUUGACCCGGAGAAGUCGUCUUCCUUCUCCCGCCUCCCCUGCUCCAGCAACCUCUGCUCCGCCCUGCCCGUGUCCUCCUGCGGCGGCGGAUGCGAGUACACCUACUCCUACGGCGAUUACUCCACCACCCAAGGCGUCAUGGCCACCGAGGUCUUCACAUUCGACGGCAAUGUCACCGCCGGGAAAGUUGCCUUCGGUUGCAGCGGCGACAACGAAGGGUCUGGGUUCAGUCAGGGGUCCGGUCUGGUCGGGCUCGGCCGCGGUCCACUCUCCCUGGUUUCCCAGCUCGAAGAACCCAAGUUUUCGUAUUGCCUAACCGCAAUAGACGGCGGCGGUUCGACCAGCACGCUUUUGAUGGGGUCUUUAGCCGGGGGGGAGGAGGACAAAAUCGGGAAUUCCAAAAAAGUCACUACCCCUCUGGUAAAAAACCCGUCCCAGCCGUCCUUUUACUAUAUUACCCUCGAGGGGAUAACCCUGGGCCGCACUCGCCUCCCCGUGGCGGAGACGGCGUUCAAGCUGAACAGCGACGGCAGCGGCGGGACGAUCAUCGACUCCGGCACCACCCUGACGUACCUGAACGGGGAGGCGUUCGGGGCGCUGAAGGAGGAACUGAAGAGGCAGAUGGGGCAUCUGGCGGCGGACGAAUCCGGGGCGACGGGACUGGAUCUGUGCUUCAGGCUGCCGCCGGAUGCGGAGGAGAUCGCGGUGCCGAAACUGACGUUCCACCUGGGCGGCGGCGCGGAUCUGGAACUCCCCGGAGAGAACUACGUGGUGGCGGACAAGAGCUACGGGGUGGCGUGUCUGGCGAUGGGGAGUAGUAGUGGUGGCGGCGGCGGCGGGGAAGGGGGGAUGUCUAUAAUAGGGAAUAUACAACAGCAGAAUAUGAUGGUGAUUCAUGAUCUGGUUAAGGACUCCAUCUCCUUCGUCCCAACCAAUUGUGAUCACCUCUAGCUAUUAUUAUUCAAUUCCACAACAUAAUUCCACACUAUAUUUAUACAUCCUUACGGUUAUAAAUUUUGCAAUUAUGGAGGAAAUGAAAACUAAUGUUAACAUUUUUUUUAUGUUUGCUAAAUAUUUAAAAAUAUACUCCGUAUAUACUUAAAACACUAAACAAUAAGUAAAAAUAGAGAAAAUAU